AUGCCUCUGGACACAUCGACCUACUCCCUCGCGCUCCUGCGCGUAGACGGCCGGCGAUGGAACGAACUCCGCCGGCUCCACGCCCAAGUGCGCACGCAGGCUGCCGCCGACGGAUCCAGCUACCUCGAGAUGGGCCACACCAAGGUCAUGUGCACGGUCAACGGGCCGGUGGAGCCCCAACAGCGGCGCGGGGCGAUAGGAUCGCAGCAGACGCGGGAUGCGGCGGUCACAGCGCACAUCGUCAUGGCGGGGUUCAGUUCAGUGGACAGGAAGAAGACGGCAAGAAACGACAAACGCGUCGCGGAAAUGGAAGCAACCAUCAGCAAAGCCUUCGCCUCGACCCUUCACACCCACCUCUUCCCGCACAGCCAGAUCGCCAUCUCCCUGCACGUGCUGAGCCAGGACGGCUCCCUCCUCGCCGCGCUCCUCAACGCCGCCUCCCUGGCCCUCGUCGACGCCGGCAUCCCCAUGUCCGACUACAUCGCCGCCUGCACGGCCGGGUCGACCUCCUCGCACGGCGCGGCCGACGACGCCGCCGACCCGCUGCUCGACCUCAACACCCAGGAGGAGCAGGAGCUGCCGUUCCUCACGGCCGCGACCCUGGGCGCCACCGACCGCGUCGCCGUGCUGGUGUGCGAGAGCCGCGUGCAGCUGGGGAGGAUGGAGGGCCUCUUGGCCGUCGCCGUGGAUGGGUGCAAGCAGAUCCGGGAGAAGCUGGACGAGGUGGUCAAGGAGAAGGGACGGAAGAUGGUCACGGAGGGGGCGGUGGAGAAGGGCGUGAAUGUGGAGGAUACUGGAAUGGCCAUGUGA